AUGGAAUGGACUGUUGCCUCCUCUCCUGCUGGCACAGGCUCGAGACUCACCCGCGUGCUUAUUAUCAUUGCUGGGGUAGCUUCUCUGGUGGCAACAUUGCUAUCUAUUGUGAAAAAUUACCGAAAGCCUUUGCUGCAGCGCUACGUUGUGCGGAUACUCCUGAUGAUUCCCAUUUACGCCGCCUCCUCCUGGACCAGUAUCAUAUCUCUUAAAGCCGCGAUGUUUCUGGAUCCUGUUCGUGAUAUAUACGAGGCCUUUACGAUUUAUACGUUCUUUCAAUUACUUAUCAACUUUGUUGGCGGAGAGCGGUCAUUGAUUAUCAUGACACAUGGUCGGCCACCCGUUCAACACAUGUGGCCCAUGAAUACGUUCCUUGCCAAAGUAGAUAUUUCGGACCCCCACACAUUCCUCGCGAUCAAACGAGGCAUCUUGCAAUAUGCAUGGCUGAAGCCCAUUCUUGCUCUGGCGUCUAUUAUCAUGAAGGCAACCGACACAUACCAAGAGGGAUACAUCGGAGCAUCGUCUGGUUAUAUGUGGACGGGCAUCAUCUAUAAUGUCAGCGUCAGCGUCAGUCUGUACUCUUUGGCGUUAUUCUGGAUCUGCAUGCACAAUGACCUCAAGCCAUUCCGUCCCAUGCCAAAGUUCCUUUGCGUCAAACUUAUCAUCUUUGCAUCAUACUGGCAGGGCUUUUUCUUGUCAAUUCUCCAGUGGUUGGGUGCCAUCCCCAAUGGCGUAGCCGGUUACACGCCAGAUAACCUCGCUGCGGCUAUUCAAGAUACCCUGAUCUGCAUAGAAAUGCCUGCUUUUGCAAUCGCUCAUUGGUAUGCUUUUUCAUGGCAUGACUAUGCGGAUAAUCGGGUCUCAUCGGCUCGCCUACCGGUCAAGCAUGCUUUGAGGGACUCGUUCGGUGUACGAGAUCUGAUUGAAGACACCAAGCAGACCUUCCAAGGAAACGAUUAUGAAUAUCGGCUAUUUGACUCGGGAGAUAACAUCAUUGCCCAUGAAGAGUCGAGCUCGCGUGUUAAAAGAGUAAUGGAAGGAAUGAGGUACGAGCGAGGAGGAAAAGGUAAAUAUUGGAUACCGAAGCCUGGGGAAGCUAAUAGUCGCACGCCACUGUUGGCUGGUAAUGUCGCGGAAGGUCAACGCAGUCCUCUGCACGGGUCUAAACGAGCUAGCAUUAUUGAGCAGUAUCGUGCGUAUGCGGAGCUCGAAGAAACGACGCUAGAUGAGGAUGAUGAGCGUCUAUUCGCCAACGCUCGCGCGUUGGAGUUUGGUGACUGGAAUUAUCCCGUCAUUACAGCCAAUAUAAUUCCUCGAGAUCAAGCGCUACCCAGGACUAUCAGCUACCAAAAUCCGACUUCUGACCAUGGAAACGUGGUGAGAAAAGCACGUAAGCACAGGAACAGCCAUGUGUCUAAUACAAAUCACGCAAGCCAAGUAAAAGGUCCCAGAAGUCGUCGUACUCCGCGACAAGAUGAAUUUCGACGUCAGUCCAGCACCUCCGCAGCCUCUGUGUCUCGUCGCAGUCAACUGGUUGACUUGGUGGUCGAAGACAGAGAAGCUGAGCAGCAAUAUCAACGUCGUGCGCAGCGGGAAACGGGAUCUGCAUGGCCUGAACGAGACGCGCUUCAUUUACAGAGACCUGCCGGUACCCCAGUAGCGGUGGUACAGCCGCACGGUACGGAUGGCAUGGUUUCGCCUUCUCUGCCCGCAGAAUUCACUGUGGGCGAGGAUGAUAGAGACAACGAUGACGAUGAUGCCAACACUGGAGGUUCACGGCCCCUGAAUGCCAAUUAUAGCGAUUUCGGGGAAGAACACAAUGUCUGGGGCAGCUAG